AUGGCGGAAGCUAUUGGCUUAGUGGCUUCUGUUGCCAGCCUGCUAGACCUGGCGUUCAAGCUAUCUAAUGCAUUACACAACCUCCAAUUCCAAUUGCGAAACGCGCCUUAUCUCAUUCAAGCGCUAGAGAAUGAGACAGAAGCUGUCAGGACAGUUCUUGCUAGUGUUGAAAGCUCAAUACACUCUACAGCAACUGCGGGUCUUGGCGGUGCAGGUAGCCCCGGGAUACUCGGUGACCUCACUGCUGAAAUAGGCAAAGGUGCGGCUGUCCUGAAGGAGCUAGGCACAUUUAUCGACAGUCUCAAGAACGAGACAUCUACCUUACGAAGGGUGAAGUGGAUUCAAAAGAAGAAGAAGGCAGCAGAGCUCAUAAACGAGCUUAAAGAAGUGAGAUACCGUAUUAGCGAGUUGCAAUUGGCAUAUGGCAACUCAAGCUUGACUCGCAUCAGACUUGUAUUGCAGGACAUCCAGGUUAUGCAACGUCGUCACUACGCUAAAGCUCAUAACUUGGAAACUUGUCUACUAGGCACGAAAGACCAACUCACAAUUGAUCGAGACACCGCAUUGCAAAGCCAGUCAGACAUCGCCGCAGCUCUGGAGGCCUUACAAAACACAACACCAACGCUGCCACCAGAAUGGGUGGAAGCUAUUAGCAACCAGGUGGCAACAACGAUAAAUACUACGCAGCCUGGUCUAGCGAAGGAAAACAUCACAACUGUUUUGUCCCAUCAACCUCAUAGACGACAGAGCCCCCAGGCCAUUUGCUCGCCACUUCAGCACUUGACACUAUCGUUCAACCUGAGACUGGUGCAACCCCAGUGCUUGAUCAACUGUGCCUGCAGAUGUCACGCUUCGGCAUCUUCAUACCGCCCUUGGAACGGACUCCCAAAAUUACUUCGAAUGAUCAUGGGUUCGGCCCUCGUUGAAUACUGCAGUUACCCCGUGCCCAGAACAACUUGCGACUUACAUUCAUGUUCCAAAUCGCGUCCAACUCGCCUCACAGUCAGAUACGGCUUUCCGUUUUGGUCUCUCAAGUACGCAGUUCAUAUCCUGAUGGAGAAACUAUCUACUAGCUGUCUUAAGUUUACUCUAACAUUAAGACGGAUAAACCCUAUGAAGAUAUCUGGAGACAACAUACUUUUUAACAUUUCAAUUGGAAAUUUGAGUGUUGUGAGGCGAAUCGUGUUUGAGAAUCCCACUGCCGUAUUGGAUAUCGACGUUCAGGGGAAUUCAGCGUUGCAUGUCUCUGCUUGGGGAUUUCUUCCCUGGGAGCUUGCCCUUCAGAUAUGGGAAGUCCUUCUUCAGGCUGGUGCAGACCCGGACCAAGUAAAUGAAGAAGGGCUUUCGUUUCGACAUAGAAUCGCAAAUGAGCAACUCCAGAAGAACAUACCAUUCAAGCUACAACCUGAAGUCCAAAAGCUGAUUCAGGCCUCUCAGUGUUUGGAGGACAUUGAAUUGAGCUUCAUACAUGAGGUUGUUGUUAAGCGAUGUCCAAUCGACGUAGGCCCCAUUCUCAAGUCCGCCAAAGCAGAUAUUUUGGCACAGAUUCAUAGUGAAGACCGGUUCGGCAUGACUCCACUGAUGUAUGCUGUUGCUUUGGGCGACGCAAAAGCAGCUCAGGCUCUGAUCGAAGCUGGCGCCUCAGUCCACAAGAAGGGACCUCAUGGUCGCAACCUUGUAGAUUAUGCUGGCCGUCUACCUCCAAACACUUGUGCUACCAUACUUCACUUACUGCUUGCUGCUGGUGCGGAUGCAAUCGACGCUUUCCCCACAGGUUGGAGCCUUUUACAUACAGCUGCUAUCCAUAAUAAUGUCGUAAUGAUUGACAGGUUGCUACAAGCAGGCGCACAGCCAGAUUGUAUCGGCCCGCGUGGCAACCGCCCGAUUCACUAUGCGGCGAGCCAUAACUCUGUUCAUGCCAUUCGUUUAUUAUAUGAGCAAGGUGCCGAUAUCAAUGCCCUAGCUGACCAUAGACUGUCAUCGCUUGGUGUGGCGAUCCAAAAGAAUGCUACGGAUGCGCAAGCAACGCUUCUUGAGCUAGGCGCCGAUCACCGCAUAACAGGUGACUGGGGAACUUAUUUACACGUGGCGGCAUAUUGGGGUAACGAAAGAACCUUCAACACACUGUCUUGCCUUAAGUUCAGCGGCUUAGAUGUCGAUGCCAGGGAUGCGGAAGGGAUGACAGUAACCGAGGUUUAUGAAAGCCGCUACGAUAAGACGGAGGAGCUGACAAUAUCAUUCUGUCAACUAAGGGAUUUUAUCACAUCACGAUCCCCAGAUGAUUACUCAAGCAAGGACGAAAUUGGGCAUACGGAUGAAUUCUUUGAUGCAUAUGAGUUCUUGGGCGGUGAUGGGUUGUGUUAG